GACUCCUUCGAACCCAAGUACAGACCCCACCCCGCUCUCUAACCCUCGAUAAAUUGCCCGGACGUGAGUUUGUUUAUUUGGAUGUUCUGGCGACCAGUUCAGGGUGUUCCCUGCUUCUCGCCUGAAGAUAGCUGGGAUAGCGAGCCUGCUGAACAUUCAUUCAUUCAUUCCUCUUCGGUUCCGGUCAUUAGGGUCGCGGGCCCGGUGAAGAUAAGCAGAACAACGCAAACACACGUUUCCGCGGACCUAAAUCCCAACUCAUCGGGCUUUUAUUGUGAAAGCAAAGUGUUUGUUUUCCGGUGAUGGGGGGGCCUUUCCGUCACUAACUUGUUUAGCGCAUCCAGCCUUCCUUGAAAACAGAAUCAUCUGAAGCUCGAAGAACAUGGACUAAACAUGGCCCACAAUACAGGCCAGUUCUUACAAGCUCUGGAAAGAUCCGAGGCUCGUCCGGAUGGCGGCUACAAGCACAAGUGGAGCGUCCCGGCGUGCGCCGCCCAGGACGACGACGACGACGAGGAGGAGGACGAAGACAACUCCAGCCCGAUGACCACAGAGGAGACGGACAAGCAAGCGUCCGCGUCCUUGGAUCGAAAUAAGGCUCCCUCUUUGCGGCACUUGACCUCCGUCGACCCCCUGAGGACGUACGAAAAGCGCUCAAGCAAUCUCGUGAGGCACGCAAGGUUCAGUUUAGCUCCGCCCUCAGCCGGCGCCUGCAACUACUUGAGCGUAAGCCCCUCCCCUCCGCAAGGACUGGUCCUGCAGGGGCGCCAUUUUCAGCAUGCGCAGAUCUCCUCCGCCUUCAGGAAGCCGGUCCAAAGAAACGAUUUGAGCGGGGGCGGCGGCGGCGGCGGCGAGCUGGCGGCGGCGGAAGUGGACAACAUCGUGCUGACGUGCUGCGGUGCGCCAGACGACGGCGACGGCUCCAACGUCAAGCGUCUCGUCCAUUACAAGAGGACGGCGGCGGAGACCGCGACAGUCUACCAGACGGUGUGCGGCAAGUGCAGUAAUCCCUGCGAGGACGUCAGCGAGUGCGACCGCUGCGGUAACCGGCCGGCGUGUCUCUCGCCCCGAGCCCCCCUCCGACCUCAGCCCUGCACCCUGCAGAGCUUCUGCAAGUCCGCCCCCCCCCGCGGGGAGGCUUCGCCCGCCGGGCCGGCCGGCGUCAAUGGCCGAUCUCCUCCGCUGGCCGGCGCCUCUUGCUGCUACGGCACCCGAAAGUCGCCGAGGGGGAGGCGGAAGACGUCGGCCCGGCUGCACCAGCUCGACCACCCCAUCGUCUUAUCCAGCGACGACGACGACGACGGUUCGGGAAACGUGGGCCGACUGGACAGUGUGUCGCCGCAGCCCGCGGACUCUGCGCACUCGUCGCCGGCGCCCUGCGGCGGUCGAGUGGAGGCGGCGGUGAAAAGCGGCGGCGAGCAGGAGGAGCUGAGCCCGGACUUCUUCUUUGAUGACGUCAACACGAAGAUGUCCAUACCUCGCCGAACCAGGAUGAAGGACCAGUUCGGAAAGCAGCCGAGGUCUCCUCGAAGCAAGCGCUCCAAAGUGGAGUCGGGCAAGUGCGGCAGCAUCAUCCUGCACUGUCGGAGCGUCCGCGUGGGAACGCUGCGCAGGAUGGUGACCAAACCCGUGGUGUUUUCCGUGGAGUUCAUCCAUCUGGAAACCGAAGGGCCGGCGCUAAACACGGUGGAGAAGGUGUCUCUGCGGGCCUCGGAGCUCAUCAGCUGCGAGUGGUGCAGCGUCCGCAAGCUGCCCGUCUUGUUCUUCCAGACCACGCCCGACGAGUGUGUCCGUCUCCGCUCGCAGCUCGACAUGAAGCAGGAAGACGGCGGACAGUGGUACGACUGCGCGGGGCAACAGUCGGACGAGAAGUACAUCGUGCUGAUCUUCACGGACGGCCUGGACAUGAAGGAGCAGAUGAUCCUGGAGGACAUCUUGAGCGAGAUCGGCCAGAACAACAACAUUAGCAACUUUCCCGCCAAGUUGGCCUUCGACGAGGCCAACACGCGUCUGGUGAACUUCAACAAGGCCACCAAGCAGAAGCAGGACAAGUUGAAGGGCGUCCCCGUCUCGUCUCGGCGCUCGCCGCUCGGCGCCGCCUUCGACCCUCCGAGCGUCUUCGAGCGCGACCGGCAGGACGUGGCCGACCUGCAGCCGCCCUUCAGCGGCCCGGUGGUCAAGCUGAUGGUGUAUCCGCCCCCUCCGGCCAAAGGCGGCAUCUUAGUCACCAACGAGGACCUCCACUGCCUUCAUGACGGAGAAUUCCUUAAUGACGUUAUCAUAGAUUUUUAUUUAAAAUAUUUAGUUCUGGAGAAACUCAAGAAAGAGGACGCCCAAAGAAUCCACGUGUUUAGCUCCUUCUUCUACAGGCGUCUCACCCAAAGGGAGAAGGGGAGCGCUCCCGACAGAAGCAACAACCUUCCGAUCCCCAAACGCAAGCACAACAGGGUGAAGACCUGGACGCGGCACGUGGAUCUGUUUGACAAGGACUUCAUCUUCGUUCCCAUCAACGAGUCGGCCCACUGGUACCUGGCGGUCAUCUGCUUCCCGGGCGGCGACCCGUCGUCGGACGAGCUGCCGGACCACUGCCGCCCGCUGUCCCCGGACACGGACGUGCUGGACGCGCCCCCGCGGGACUCCGCCUCCCCCGGGGAUACCCCUCCGCGGGACCCCCUCUCUGAGCAGCACACGCCGACACGCGACUCCACCGCCAGGGGGCGCCCUCAGAUCCACUACCCCAGCGAGUUGCACAGAAUCAGCACGUGCUACGCCGACGACGACGACAACACUUUGACGUCUGACGAGCAGAGCUCCAAUCAGGACGACUGCAGCGACGACGGCGCUUCGGACUCUGGCUCCGACGCGUCGUCCCGGGGCUGCAAACCCGACCGGCGGAAACAGUCUUGCAUCCUGAUCAUGGACUCCCUGCGCGGUCCCGCCAGGUCCACGGUGGUCAAAACUCUGAGAGAGUACCUGGAGGUGGAGUGGGAGGUGCGCAAAGGCAGCCAGCGAAUGUUUGGGAAAAACCUGAUGAAAGGCUCCAGUCCUCGCGUGCCUCAGCAGGACAACUUCAGUGACUGCGGGAUUUAUGUCCUGCAGUACGUGGAGAGCUUCUUCGAGAAUCCCAUCCCAAACUUCCAGCUGCCCCUCAACCUGUCCGAGUGGUUCCCUCAGCAGAGGAUGAAGAGCAAACGGCAGGAAAUCAGGAGCUUGAUCCUGCACAUCCAAGCGAGACAGGAAGCCCACAAGAACCGUCCCGAGCGGCCGGAGGCCUCGUCCGCUUCCUCGGAAGAGCCGGCGAUCGAAGAGACGCGCGACCUUUGAACUUGGAUUGUGUUUCUCUCCUUUGCGUCCUGAUCCGCCUCCACCGGCACCUUUAACUUCAUAUGAAUUAAAGUCACGUGUAUGUUCCUAAGGCAA